AUGUCCGAGUCCCAGGACAUCUUCCUCCGCCCCGAGGACUCCCUCGCGGCCCCCACCCCCCAGAACACCCCGCUCAACACCACCGUCCUGACGUCGCGUCCCGCCGCCAUCGCCAAGCCCCACGUCGAGGACGUUGCCGAGGACGACGAGGAGGAGGACGACAACAUCGGUGCCAACCCCGCAUCGCUGCUCGCCAACAACCCCGCUCUCCUCGCUCUUGCCCAGCAGAAGCUCGGUUCGCUCGUCGGCCGCCCCUCGGGCUACAUCGAGUCGCUCCCUGCCCCCGUCCGCAGGCGUAUCGACGGCCUGAAGGGUCUCCAGGUCGAGCACUCCAAGAUCGAGUCCGAGUUCCAGCUUGCCAUCCUCGAGGUUGAGAAGAAGUUCCAGGCCAAGUACGCUCCCCUCUACAACCGCCGUCUCGACAUCAUCUCGGGCAAGGCCGAGCCCACCGACCAGGAGGUCGAGGAGGGCCAGAACGCCGACUCGGACGACGAGGAUGACGACGAGGAGGAGGGUGCCGCCAUCACCGAGCUCCCCGAGGAGGACAAGGACGAGGAGAAGGUGGAGGGUAUCCCCGAGUUCUGGCUCACCGCCAUGAAGAACGCCCUCCCCCUCGCCGAGACCAUCACCGACGACGACGAGGAGGCUCUCCAGAAGCUCAACGACGUCCGUCUGUCGUACCUCGACGGCCAGGCCGGCUUCAAGCUCCACUUCUUCUUUGGCCCCAACGACUUCUUUGAGAACACCGAGCUCACCAAGACCUACUACUACCAGGACCAGGUGGGCUACGGCGGCGACUUUGUCUACGACAAGGCCAUCGGAGACGAGAUCAAGUGGAAGGAGGACAAGGACCUCACCAAGAAGGUCGAGAUCAAGAAGCAGCGCAACAAGACCUCGGGCAGGACUCGUGUCGUCCGCAAGGUCGUUGCCACCGACUCGUUCUUCAACUUCUUCAAGCCUCCCCAGCCCCCAACCCGCGAGGAGCUCGAGGAGGGCGACGUCGACGAGGAGGAGCUCGAGGAGCUCGACUCGCGCCUCGAGAUGGACUACCAGCUCGGCGAGGACUUUAAGGAGAAGAUCAUCCCCCGCGCCGUCGACUACUUCACCGGCAAAGCCCUCCGCUACGAGGACGACUACGAGGAGGACGACUUUGAGGACGACGACGACGACGAGGACUUUGAGGACGACGAGGAGGCCGAGGGCGCCAACGCCGCGCAGGGCGAGGAGUGCAAGCAGCAGUAA